UCAACUUUCAAACCCAGAAACCCAAUCCCAAAUCCCCCUCUUGAAUUUCUCGAGAAUAUUCUCCUCCCCCAAUUUCUCGAGAAAUUGAAUUUCUCUUUGAUAUGAAACGACUUCACGUAUGGUUGAUCGCCGCAGCGUUGUCUCUGCUCUCCGCCGCCGCGGUCCGAUCGGACGCCGCGUCUGCGCGGCAACGCACGCCGGAGGCUUACGUCACGCUGUUGUACGGCGAUGAGUUCCUUCUCGGCGUCCGAGUGCUGGGGAAAUCGAUACGCGACACCGGAUCCACCAAGGACAUGGUCGUCCUCGUCUCCGACGGCGUCUCCGGCUACGCCAUGAGCCUCCUCAAGGCUGAUGGAUGGAUAGUGGAGAAGAUCAGCUUACUGGCGAAUCCGAAUCAAGUUAGGCCGACGAGAUUCUGGGGUGUAUACACAAAGCUGAAGAUUUUCAACAUGACUAACUACAAGAAAGUUGUGUAUCUUGAUGCGGAUACGAUUGUGGUGAAAAGCGUGGAGGAUCUUUUCAAAUGCAGCAAGUUCUGUGCUAACUUGAAGCAUUCCGAGAGGCUGAAUUCGGGGGUGAUGGUGGUGGAGCCGUCGGAGCGUGUGUUUCAGGACAUGAUGGGGAAAGUGACCACUUUGGAAUCUUACACUGGAGGAGAUCAGGGGUUUCUGAAUUCCUAUUACUCGAAUUUUCCCAAUGCACAUGUUUUUGAGCCAAACUUAGAACCGGAGGUUCGCAAAUCUAGACCAGUUCCAGAAAUGGAGCGACUUUCAACAUUAUAUAAUGCAGAUGUUGGUCUCUAUAUGCUGGCAAACAAGUGGAUGGUUAAUGAAAGCGAGCUCCGUGUCAUUCACUAUACCCUCGGUCCUCUCAAACCUUGGGAUUGGUGGACAUCUUGGCUUUUGAAACCUGUUGAUGUCUGGCAGAAUGUCAGAAAAGGGCUUAAGGACUCCCUUCCAGGAACUGGAGGAGGCAGAAAUCCAAAUGAUGCUCUUCUUGUCAAAAUUCUUUUCUCAAUACCCUUUUUGGCUCUGCUGUUUUGUUACUAUCGGUCUUUUCUUCAGACACGAGAAUACUUUGGUUCCUUAUGUCGAAGUUCAUUAUAUGACCAAAUCAAACACAUCUACUACAAAAUUAGAUCUACUGGGACUCUUAACUAUGCGGCUGUUUCUACGUCAUCCGCCAAAAAUCUCAGUAAUCAGUCCAAGGUUCCUUGUUACUUGGGCGGAAUGUCUAUAGUUGCCUGUUUCAUGGCUGCUGUGGUGGCCCUUGUGGUUGGUCUUGCAGUUGUACCUCGACAAGUUAUGCCAUGGACUGGUUUACUAUUGAUGUAUGAGUGGACAUUUACAAUCUUCUUUGUAUUGUUUGGAGGUUAUCUCCAUCUAGUUUAUCAAUGGGGGAGGACAACAGCAGUGCAAACAACACUUCCCAGUGGUCCUGAAUCUGUUGAUGAUGAUUCGGGAAAAGGUCAUCAACGGCACGUAUCAUUAUGUGAUAGUGCUUCUUUGCAUUAUGGGUUAGGAAUGGCUUUUCUGGCUGUUGCUGCUCCAUCUUUGCCGUGUCUUUUUGGUGUCACUGCUUUAUUUUUAAGGUUAGGUUUAAUGGUUGUGGGAGCCCUAAUGCUGGCAUCUUUCAUGACUUAUGCGUCAGAACACCUUGCAACUAGAUCAUUCUUGAGAGGCCUUGAAGACCAAGAUGCCACGAGAAGUAGGAGCUUUUGUUAGAUAUGUUACCGGUGAACUAUAGGUGUAAAACUAUUGACCGAAAGACUCUUGUAAACAGGGUUUGGUUCCUCUGUUGUAAUCGGCUUUACAUGGAACUCGCUAGAUGAAUUUGUAAAUUAUUGCCAGAAAGACUAUUGAUAAAUUUUUUUUCUCUCCAAGAGAUCUUUUGUUGUAUAGCAUUGUUGCAGUAAUUAUUGAUUAUACAGUUUACCAAUUUACUGGACAAUCUCAAGCGAGUAGUUCUUCAA